GAUAAUAACAUUAUUGGACAAUCAUAUUUUUUUUUUGUCAAUAAUCCAUUGAAACAAGUGUUUCUUCAAGACCCGUCGGCGUGAAAUCUCUUAAUUUCCCUCAUUGCCCAGUGGUGAUGGCUGAACUAUAAUAUAUUGAAGCAGUGCCAGCUGUAGUUUUGUACAAGUAAUAUAAGUUUAAAAUGGCAGUAAAAUAUACUAAAAUACCAACUACAGAUAGUUAUGACUCUAAUUUAACCUUUGAUUAUAGUUCUCCAUUUUCUUAUGAUGAAGGAGAUUCGUCGUAUAAAUAUCGUUCAGCAUUUAAAUACACAACAAACCAAGAUAGAAAACACAUUUAUUCAGAUCUAGAUGUUCAAACUUCACAAUCUUCAGUUGCAACUAAUGUAAUCCACGGUCUACUUAGUUUUAUAUUCAUCAUACUUCUUAUUCUAACUUUUCCUGUAUCUAUAUGGUUUACAUUCAAAAUGAUUCCUAAUUUUCAGAAGAUAGUAAUUUUUAGACUUGGUAAAUUAAUUGGUGCCAAAGGACCUGGAAUCGUUUGUGUAAUACCUUUUAUAGACAGGCUACAUAAAGUAGAUGUCAGAAUUAAAGCUUUUAAUGUUCCACCUAAACAGAUUAUUACUAGAGAUGGUGCAGUGGUAGAAGUAGGAUCUGAUGUACAUUAUAGAAUAGCAGAUGUAGUAAAGUCUAUAACUUGUGUACAGAAUCUAGACCAGUCAACACGUAUCUUAGUUCAAACAGCAUUACUCAAAAUAUUAGUUAAACACAACCUUGCUGAGAUAGAAACUCAGAGAAAUGCUUUGGGCAGAGCUGUUCAGGAAUCAUCAACAGAAGCAUCUAAAGAGUGGGGUGUAGAGAUCUGUAGAAUAGAACUGUCUCAGGUUAAGGUGAUACGAGGACCUCCACCAAAACAGACUCCAUCUGUAAUGUUUCCACCCGGUAUGAUGUCAGCUACAGGUUCUUCUACUAAACUACCACCUGCAUUACAAAACAUAGCUUCUGCUUUACUUAAUACUGCUCAAGGUCGUGGAUCAAUAGGGGAAGGUAUGUCUCCAACAGGUGAAUCAGAUGCUACUUUAAUGAUGUCUAUUGAUGAUCUACAAGCUAUGUUUAAAGGAGAAGUAAAACCAUUUCAAGCCUAUAUGAGCGGUAGACUACAAGCUGCUGGUGAUUUAGAUGCUGCUAUGAGAUUAGAGGAAGUCAUUAAAAAGAUCACUGGAAGAUAACUCACUGUCUGGAAGUAAGUGAAAGUGGUUGUAAAAACAAUUUGAAAUUGACAUUAUGGACAAUAUUGAAUGAACUUCUCUUAGCUAAUAUAAACUGAUAUGCAACAAGCAUGAUGAGCAAAGAUUUAGAUUUUGAAAUCAAGUGUUGAUGUGGUCUUAUAGAGAAUUUGUGUGUGAUUGAAUGUAUAAAUGUAAAAAAUUAAUCAUGUCAAGAACAUUGUUAGUAAAAUCUUUAAAAUGUAUUGUUUUAUUCAUAAUUAAGUUAUAUUUCAUGUUACGUUAUGUAUUAUGUUAUUUAUCAAUAAAUGAAUGUUAUUAUUUUGUAAUAAAGAUUUAAAAG